CGCAGCGCGGCGCUAGUUUCGCUUCUAACGUCGAGUUGAGAGCUCGUUACUGCGUUGUCGCAGCCGUCACCAAACUUUACGUAAAUAUAUUUAUUUACGUUUUACAGCAACACGGGAUUGUUCUCGCGAAUCUGUGAUAGUGUUUGUGUAGAAGUGGGAAUUAGUGUUUUACAAGUUUAGUGCUGGAUUGAUUAGUUUUGUAGUGGAUUUACUAGGAAAUCGCUCAGUAAAGUUGUAACGGAACCCGAUCGGGGCGGAGACUCGAUCGACACGAGUUUUAUUGGGAUUCUGGAUUGCCGCGAUGCGCUGCUGACGCCGUGAUGAUGAGGCUCGAGGCCCCAGAGAAACCGCACCGCUACCACAACCUGCUGCACGACGACCAUGCCAAUGAAAUGCUAGAAGGCGAGGGCGCCGGGCUGGCAGCUCGCGUGGCAGAGCUGGAAGUCCGCUGCGCCCGGCAAGCUGAAGAACUACUAUGUCUUCGGUCCACCCUAGCUGAUGCCCUACGAAGGCUCAACGCUUUAGAAGGAAGAGCGCCAGCAUCUUCGACUCCUCAGAGAAAUGGGGGUUACACAGGGUCAUCAGGUACUCCUACGAGAGAGUUAAGGUUACGGCAACCCAGCUAUAGAGAGACUGCCAAACGAACGUCCAGCUAUGGCUCUACCGCCUCCUCACUCCCACAAAGACGCGGCCCUCAGCACCAGUCCACAGGCUCGCUGCAGUCGGACUCGCCGGCCUCUUCGUCGUCGCUGUCGCCGGCGCCAUCGCCCUCGCCGCGCGCCACCCCCGCGCCGCACAGGUCGCAGGCUAGCCUGUAUGUGUACUUGUCUCAUGUUAUACACCCCCACACUAGCGGCCCCAGCACCAGUCCACAGGCUCGCUGCAGUCGGACUCGCCGGCCUCUUCGUCGUCGCUGUCGCCGGCGCCAUCGCCCUCGCCGCGCGCCACCCCCGCGCCGCACAGGUCGCAGGCUAGCCUGUAUGUGUACAUGUCUCAUGUUAUACACCCCCACACUAGCGGCCCCAGCACCAGUCCACAGGCUCGCUGCAGUCGGACUCGCCGGCCUCUUCGUCCUCGCUGUCGCCGGCGCCAUCGCCCUCGCCGCGCGCCACCCCCGCGCCGCACAGGUCGCAGGCUAGCCUAUCACGCAACAACUCCACGUCCAGCAAUCAGAGCCAGAGCCCCGGAGGGAACAAUCUCACCAAGCGCUGGAGCUCCACCGGAGACUUCAACGCGCAGGGACUCAUUCCCAACAUCAGAUUUACAACCACAAAGUCUUUGUUAAACUUGUAUUCUAAGUCGCCGCAGAACGGGCCGAUUCUCAAACACGGCACGCACACCUGCCAGUACAAUGAGGAAGAUGGCUCCAUGCGCAUGUACCUUCGCGGGAGACCCGUGGUGCUGUACGGACCCUCAGACCUGGACGGUUU